AUGUGUUGGUUUUUCAUUGUCAUUAAGGUGUUAAUGUUGAAGUGGCUAUUGGCCAGUAUAUCCGGUCUAAAUGUGGUAGUCGAGGCCACGGCCAAUAAUUACGAAUAUGGUUAUCAUCCGAGUGCCGAAGAAUUUGAUAAUCUUCUGCGAGAAACACAUCGAACAUGGACGCAUGACAUCUUAAAAAGGCAACCGGAAAGGGAAUUAUAUCGUCCACAGCAAGAGAAUUCAGUCAAUACCUUUGUGCCAAAAUAUCAAUAUGAAAGUCAUUUACAAAAAUAUUUUAAUAACGUAGAACAACAUACAACAAAAACAACAACAACAAAUUCUCCUCCAAUAUUUAGUCAGGAUUUGAAGGAUGCCACCAAUAAUAAUCGCUAUGAUUUGGCAUCGGAUUUAAAUAUCCAUAACAAGGAUAAUAAACAUGAGGCUGGAUUAAAUAAAUUUUACAAUAAUUUGGAAAAUUCCGGAUCCCAGACCAAACCUUCGAUGUACAGUCAGGACUUGCAAGCAUCCUCCAACAAUAAUCGUUAUGAUUUGGCAUCGAAUUUGAAUAUCCAUAACAAGGAUAAUAAACAUGAGACUGGGUUAAAUAAAUUUUACAAUAAUUUGGAAAAUUCCAAACCUUCGAUAUAUAGCCAGGGCUUGCAAGCAUCCUCCAACAAUAAUCGUUAUAAUUUAAACUCAAAUUUAAAUUUCCAUUAUGCCGAUGACAAUAAAAACGAUGAGGCUGAUAUAAAUAAAUAUUUAAAUCAAAAACCCACAAAAACUCCAACAACCACCACCAAACGGCCAAGGCCUCCCAUCUUCAGCCAGGACCUACAAGGAUCCUCCACAAAUAAUCGUUAUCACUUGACCUCAAAUUUGAAUUUCAAUUAUGUUGAUGACGAUGAGACCGGCAAUCAAAUCUAUGAAGGUGAGGUGGAUAUGAACGAUAAUGAUGCUUUGGCUCCAUAUCCCACAAAACCCGCCAACUUCCCAGAGAUCAAUUUAAAACCCAUACACCCGAAUGAAUUGGAAAAAUAUUCCCUCAACAAUCUCUAUCAGAAUAAUACUCGAGCCCAUUUUCCCAUCUAUUUUACAAAUCCUUCGACUGGCAUAGUUUAUGCCAUUACCGAAAUGGGUAAAUCACAAAAUAAUACCAUACCCCGGACAAAUGGAAGUAUACCGAUCUUUAUAACCAAAGAACAAUAUGAAAGGGACAUUUUUCAGCUGAAACAGGAAUAUGAGCAACAGUGUAAACUCCCCGCUCCCGAUAAAAAUAAAACAAAUAUAAAAUCCAAAUAUGAAAUACCCUCUUCAUUUUCGAGGCCUCAAAAAACCAGCACCACUUCAAGUACUACCAUGAGACCACAAAUCAUCAGAUUAAAUACCAAGACAAAUACCUCCUCCGCGGCGCCACCUCCCAAUUCGAAAUUAAUAACUCCGCUCAAAAAACCUGCCCCCGUUAUUGUGCGAACCGAAAUAACGGUAAAGGAUAAACUGAGCAGCACCACACCCAGACCCCUGAGUCAGAGACAAAAAUUGAAAAAUAAACGUAAAAAUAAAAAAUCCAAGCCACCGGGUCAUAGAGUGACUAGUACUACCACAGUUAAGCCACGGCAGGGUCUUUUGGCUCCAGGGGGAGGACCUCCCAUUGUUAUGGGAAAAAGAACAACCACCACGCGAAGACCUUAUGGUGACAUUUACAAAUUGCCAACCCAGCUGGAGAAACCAAAUUUUGGUAAUAGUAUUUUUAGCACCGCUCCUAUAACAGCCACUGCCGCCAGUAGUAGUGGAGGAGGAGGAGGGGUGACCCUAAAUCAUCAUCUGGAAUUUAAUAAUUUGGAAAGGAAUCGAAGAUCAUUGAGGAAGGAAAAAUAUGAAAGUGAGGUUGAGAUUAAUGGAGGAGAAUUGGGUCUGUCUUCAGAUCGUUGGAGAUCCUCAAAUUAUGAAAACAUCCAAAAUGAAGAAGAGGGUAAUGCAGAACGAGGAAAAGAAUCAAGAAUCGAUCUAUCGCCGGAGAGGAAAUGGAGAUCCUUAAAUUAUGAAGGCAACCAAAAAGAAGAUGAAGAGACUAAUGCAGGGCGAGAAGAAGAAUCAAAGAAUAUAAGCCCCUUAAAAAAUCAGGAAGAUGAAAUUAAGGAAGAAUAUAAAAAAGAAUUAAAAUAUAGGGAAGAAAGUGAUGCGAAAAAUAAAAGCAAAAUUAGAGAGAAUCGGAAAUCGCCAAAUGAAACCGAUAAGACAAAUAUGGAACUCAGAGAAAUCGAUAAGAAUAAUUCCGAUCUAUC